AUGUGCGUGUACUGCGGUGAUAUGUUCGAGGAUCCGAACGAGUUCAGAGUCCACAUGGUGCAAGACCACGAGACGUUCCGCGUAAAUAUGGCCUUUGCACGGCUGCCCAAAUCUGAAUACGUUAAGAUCGAUAUCACGGAUAUGUGCUGCAGGAUAUGUCUGAAGGAUUUCAAAAAUCUUCAGACGAUUGGUGCGCAUUUGAGAGACUCCCACACCAAAGAUAUUUGCAUAGAUUCGCCGUUGGGCGUGAUGCCUUACCUCCUCGACAAGGAUAAGUGGAAUUGCGCAAUCUGCGCCAAGAACCUCCCCUCACUGCUGCACUUAAACAAACACACCAUAACUCACUUCCUUAGUUACGUGUGCGAAAUAUGCGGCAAGAGUUACAUCGCUUCCACGGGCCUGCUGACACAUGUCAGGUCGAAGCACGAAGACGAGUACAAGGCAUAUUGUAAACGUUGUCAGAUGAUCUUCCCUUCGAUGAAAGCGAAGCAGAUACACAAGAGGACAGACAAACGUUGCAUGACCCACUGCUGCCCAGAGUGCCCAGAAAGGUUCCCGAGCUACGAAUAUAAACAGAGGCACAUGGUCGAGGUGCAUGGUAUGACCCGAAAGGAAUACAGUUGCACGCAGUGCCCGUUAAGUUUCAACUAUCGUCAGGCGUUCUACGACCAUUUUAAGAAGUCGCAUUCCGCCGACUGCGUGGUGUGCAUGCAGUGUGGACAUAAAUUUUCCAGCAUGUCUAAACUGAACCGACAUAUGAAGAAGCACGCCACUUAA